GUAUAUGUCUCUACACAGCGGAUCAGGUGUACAUGGAAAAAGAAGAAGACAGGCAGGAGUAUGUCCUGAAUGAUGUGGGGGUCAUCUACAACGGAGAAUUUAACAAUGUGACCGUCCGCUCAUGGAACUAUGGGCAGUUUGAACAAGGAGUUCUGGAUGCCUGCCUUCUGGUUCUGGAUACUGCCAAAGUACCGCUAGUAUUUCGUGGAAAUGCGACUGAAGUAGUCCGGCAGGGCUCAGCUCUGAUGAACGCUCAGGAUGAUGAUGGUGUUCUGGUUGGAAACUGGAGUGGAGAGUACUCCACUGGCACAUCUCCCACUGCCUGGACCGGAAGUACUGAAAUCCUGCUCAAAUAUGCCAGCGAGGGAGCUUCACCUGUUGCUUUUGCCCAAUGCUGGGUAUUUGCCGGUGUACUGAACACUUUUUUGCGCUGUCUGGGGUUACCGGCGAGGGUCAUCACCAACUUCUGCUCUGCUCACGACAACACGGGCAACCUGAAGACAGACAUAGAGCUGGAUGAAGACGGUAAAGUGGACAAAGGAAAAACAAGAGAUUCAAUCUGGAACUAUCACUGCUGGAAUGAGGUGUACAUGAAGAGAACUGACCUGCCGGAAAAAUACUGGGGCUGGCAGGUGGUUGACUCCACCCCUCAGGAGACCAGUGAUGGUCUUUAUCGAUGUGGCCCGACAUCUGUCUCUGCUUUGAAAGAAGGAGAACUCAGCUACCAGUUUGAUUCAAGAUUUGUCUUUGCUGAGCUGAACAGUGAUGUGAUCUACCAUCAGUCUGAUGAGAAUGGAAAAAGCAAGAUCAUCUAUGUGGACACUGCGUAUGUGGGAAGACUCAUUGUGACCAAAAAGCGUAACAGUAAUGAAUAUGAGGACAUCACUUCUAGCUACAAGUAUCCAGAGGCAAGUCUCAAGGAGAGGGAGGCCAUGCAGAUGGCAGAGAGCCGCGGUGUUCCCACCAGGGAUUACUUUCCAUUUACUGAAGCUGGUGUGGACAUUGAGCUCCAGGCUGAUGUCAUCAAAAUGGGUGAAGACUUCAAGCUGAACAUAAACAUUAAGAACCAGACCACUGAGAAAUGCAACAUCCAUAUCGCCCUGACCGGCUGUGUUGUGUUUUACACUGGGGUCACCAGCUCGGUCUUCAAGUUCGAAAACAAAGAUGCAACCGUGGAGCCUUCGCAGACUGAGACAGUUCAAAUAAGCAUCCAAGCUGUGGAGUACAUGCGCAACCUGGUGGAACAAUCCAAUCUGCUGUUUGUUGUGUAUGGAAACGUUGAGGAAUUGAACCAGUCCCUUUCCACCAUGAGAGUUGUCACCCUUCGCCCUCCUGAAUUGACUAUACAGGUCACCGGGACUCCCCAGGUGGGAACGGAACUCAUGGUCAACGUGGAAUUCCUGAAUCCCUAUAAUUUCAUCCUGAAAAAUGUGCAGCUCCGCCUUGAUGGACCUGGUCUGAUAAAGACCAAAUUGAAAAAAUACAGGCAGAUUUUCCCUGGCGGCUCAAUCAAAUAUAAAGAGUCCAUCAUCCCUCAAGUUCAUGGGAAAAAGACGUUGAUCGCUUGCCUGGACUGCUCUGCACUGAGACAGGUCACCAAUCAGAUCGAAAUCGACGUACUGAAGGCUAUGGACAAGUUGGUGACAAGAGAGACAGAUAAAGAAAAAGAAAGGGUGGUGGAAAAUGAGAAUAACAACCCAUAAAAGAGUUCCCAGUACCUGUUAUUUUACCUGCUUUACAAAUGUUAUGAAAGAUAAUCUCAUUCAAAUUUACAUUUCCUUAAUGAAAAAUUCUUCCUGACCUUCCCAGAGUAAAGAAUUUGAAAUAUCUGAAAUAUUUAGUGAUUUUCACAUGAUUUCUUUGAUCAGGGGGGCUCAUGUAUUUUAUUAAUAACAAACUGUCAUUGUAAUCACAACUGUUGAUUUUUCUCUGCUGUAAUGCAAUGGACUAUGUUUAACAAAUCCAAACUAACAAUAAACAACAAGCAGAAAGCAUUUGGAUUUGCUUAUUUACACUAGUUCAAAUGACAUUUAUUGAUUUAUACAGGAAUCAGUAAUUUACACCGACACCAAGCAUGACAUCACUUUGACAAAACAGUGUUUUCGUAUAUGAAACAACAUUAUUUAAAAAUAUUAAUAUUUCAGAUUAGCUGAGACAUCAUGUCUGUUAGAGACAUCAGACACAAGGAAAAUUAAUCUUUUAAUCAGAAAAACACUUUCUUUUGCUUCUGUUUCAAAGAAAACAUCAGAAUUCUUUUA